AUGGUGCCCUUCGACUGCCUGUGCUCAGGCCAAGCUGUGGUGUGGGUCAGCUGGCAGGAAGCACAUUGCCCCCAUGGCAGAGCACUGCGGCUCUGGCUUGCAGUGCCCUGGAGGGACGCGACCUCGCAGGCAAAAGCUGACAAUGAAGGGCUCAGGUGGAGGCUGUGGGACCUGGAGAAGGCACCGGAGCAGGCUCAGAAAGACAAGCGAGACAUUCCUGAAGAAAUGACCCUGGAGCUGCAGGAGCAGACAGCAGCCCCCAGCCAGUGCUUGAAGGCCAAGGUGAAGAGCCUACAGGAGCAGCUCGAUGUGCCUGCCCUGUGCCAGUGCCCUUGGGGCUAUGCUGCACACUGCCCCUGUCCUCCUGUGCACUGGAAAGAAGUAGGAAUGACCAUUGCCAUGGAGCACAAGGAGCACCUACGGGAGUUUGGCCUCAACCCCUUGGGGAUACAGCACUCUGGGGCUCCUGGGAUGGGACAAGCUCUCAGUCCCUAUGUCCCUAUCAGCACGCUUGGAGAGCUUUCCACAUCCAGUGUCCCACAGUCCAGCAGCCCCGGGCUAGGCAGGAGCAGACACAGUCCUCUCCAUAACACUAUUCACAUGAACAGCAGUGUGGGUUUGUCCUUUAAUCACACCCCAGAUGAGUGA